AUGGUGUCUUCUGUUGCUGAGAUAAACAACUCAGAAAACACAUAUGAUGGUUCAAAUGAAGCACAUGCACCCUCUCAUGGUGGUGGUGAUGAAGGUGGAGUUGGUGGUUAUGGUAGUGGUGGUGGUGGUGGUGGUGAUGGUGGUGGGGAUGGCGAUUGUGGAGGUGGUGGUAGUGGCAGCAUGGUGGUGGUUGUGGUGUUGGUUGUGGAGGUGGUAGUUGAUGUGGAGGUUUUGGAGGAGGAGGUGGUUGUGGUGGUGGUGGUGGUGGUGGAGGUGGAGGUGGAGGAGGUGGUGGAAGUGGAGGAGGAGGUGGUGAAGGUGGUGGAGGAGGUGGUGGUUGUGGUGGUGGUGGCGGAGGAUGAGGAGGAGAAGGAUGUGGUGGUGGUGGUGGAGGUAGUGAAUGCGGUGGUGCAAGUGGUGAAGUUGGAUGUGGAAGUGGAGGUGGUGUCAUUUUUUAUAAUGAAUUAUGUCUCUUCUUCUUCUUUCAUUCAUGAUUCAUCAUGGACAUAUGAUGUGUUCUUGAGUUUUAGAGGUAAGGAUACACGCACCAAUUUUACGGAUCAUUUGUACAAGGCCUUGUGUGAUAAGGGCAUCAACACCUUCAUUGAUCGAGAGCUUGUAAGAGGAGAAGAAAUAUCGCCAGCCCUUGUCAAAGCAAUUGAAGAAUCAAGAAUUUCUCUCAUUGUAUUCUCUGAAAAGUAUGCAUCUUCGAGGUGGUGUUUGGAUGAACUUGUCAAGAUCCUUCAAUGUAAACAAUCAAAGCAACAAAUAGUUUUGCCCAUUUUUUACAAGGUGGAUCCGUCGGAUGUGGGAAACCAAACAAAUAGCUUUGGUUACGCAUUUGAAGAACUUAUUGAAAGCAAAUUCAAAGAUAACGAGGAGAAGGUGCUCAUAUGGAGGGAAGCUCUUAAAAAAGCAGCAAAAUUGUCCGGUUAUCCUUUCAAGGAUGGAGAGUACGGUAUUGACCGGUACCAAAAUCUUGAUACCGCUACCAUACCAUAUUCUAUUGGUACGGUACGGUACGGUACCGAAUAUCUCCCCAUACCAAAUGAAACGGUGAAACCGAAUAGUGGCAAGUUGAGCUACUAUUACGUAGUUAGAAGUAUUCUGUUUAUGUACAACUGUAGUGAGAAGAUUUAUUUUCUUGGGUAUGAAGCUACAUUUAUCAACAACAUUAUUGAUGAAAUCAUAAGCCGAGUAUUGAGACGCACAUAUUGGAAUGUGGCCAAGCACCCAGUUGGAAUUCAAUCUUGUGUACGAGAUGUGGAAAGGCAUUUAGAUGUUGGUGGGAAUGAUCGUCGCAUGGUUGGGAUAUGGGGGACAUCUGGAAUAGGCAAGACAACAAUUGCAAAAGCUAUGUGGAAUGCAAUUGCACAUAAAUUUGAAGGAAGUUGCUUCUUGUCAAAUGUUAGAGAUAAUUCAAUGUCAGAUGGAGACUUAAUCAAGCUACAGGAGGCUCUUCUUCAUCAAAUUCUUGGCGUAGAAUGGAAAAUUCGUAGUGUUGAUGAAGGAAUUGGUGUCAUAAAAGAACGGUUGAGCCAUAAAAAAAUUCUCUUAAUUCUUGAUGAUGUGAAUCAAUUGAAGCAAUUAGACAAUUUGGCUGGUGUUGGUUGGUUUGGUGAGGGAAGUAGAGUCAUUACAACUACGCAAGAUAGGGGAUUGCUAGAACGUCAUGGAAUUGAUUCGAUAUACGAAGUCCAAAUGUUAUAUGACGACCGAGCUCUUAAGCUUUUCAGUUUGAAUGCCUUCGGAAAAAGUGAACCUCCAAAUGAUUAUUUGGAACUCACAAAACGAGCAAUAGCCUAUGCUCAAGGCAUUCCACUAGCUCUAACACUUUUAGGUUCUCAUCUUCGUAAUAAAGACAAAGAUCGUUGGCAAGAUAUAUUAGACAGUUAUGAAGGAGAACCAUAUACAGGUAUUCAAAAAAUACUUCGGAAAAGUUAUGAUGCCUUGGAAUAUUCCGUGCAACAAGUUUUUCUAGACAUUGCAUGUUUCUUCAAGGGUGAAAAGAAGGAAUAUGUGCUACAAAUAGUAAGCAAUUCUAAGAACAAGGUCUCCCGAGAUUGUAUUGAAGUACUCAUUGAGAAGGCAAUGAUAACUAUUGACUAUGGUAGGAUUCAGAUGCAUGACUUACUUGAAAAACUGGGCAAGGAUAUAGUUUAUGACGAAUCCCCCAAUGAUCCUGGUGAGCGUAGUAGAUUGUGGUCACCUGAGGAUGUCUACUCUGUUCUAACGGAGAAAAAUAGAGCAAGUAUAAUAUAUGGAACAAGAAAAAUUAAGGGCAUCAUGCUGAAGUUUUCCGAACCAGAUGAGAUACGCUUGCAUUCAGAAUGCUUUGUUGGGAUGAUAAAUCUUGAAAUUUUCAUAAAUCGUAAUGUAUUUCUGUCUGGUGACGUUGAAUAUCUGCCCAACGAGUUGAGGUUGAUUGAUUGGGGGGGUUAUAGAUGUCAGUUACAAUCUUUGCCAUCCGAGUUUCAUCAAGUACAUCUUGCUGACUUCAAUAUGCCUGGCGGUAGUAUCAAACGAUUGGGGAAAUUUAAGGUUGAUGAUUCUGUUGGACUCCUUGAUAAACUUGUUCGAUUGAAUCUUGAACGAUGCGGUAGGCUUACGAGGUUUGCAACAAGACUUAGAUUGAAAUCCUUAAAAAUACUUUGCCUUAAUUAUUGCGAAAGUUUGGAGAGUUUCCCAGAAAUAGAGAAGAUGGAAUCACUAUUGUUUUUGGACAUGCGAGGAAGUGGCGUAAGAGGAUUGCCUUCAUCAAUUAGCAAAUGUGUCAACUUGCAUGAACUUAACUUGCGUGAUUGCAAGAAUCUUCGAGAAAUUCCAGAACAAGCGAUUCCACCAUCAGCACCUUUAGUAGUCAUUGAUUCCUGCCCAUCAUUGGAAAAAAUUCCAAAAGUGUCUUGGGUUUCGCUGGAUUUGGAGAAAAUUCCAGAAAGGCCACCGGAGAAAGAUGACAAAAUAAAGCUGUGGUUGUACAAUUGCGUUAGACUACGAGGCAACGACAUCACAGAAAAUAUUUUUCUGAAUCAGGUUUCUGUUUAUCCACUUUCUCAUUACAUCAUUCAUCUUCCAGGCGAUGAAGUUCCAGAGUGGUUCAGCUGUCGUAAAGAUGGAAUAAUAGUUAGACCUUAUUUUGUUACACGUCCUGGAACAAAGAAAUACCAUGGUGGAUGUGAAGUUAGUUUUGAAAUUCCUCCAAAUUUAAAAUGGGAGACGUUAAGAUUGGUUCUAUGUGUUGCUGGUAGUGGUGCUGAUGCCAAGAUUCUUGUCAAUGGAAAACUCGUAAAUUCGGGUAUUGUUGGUACUUCCGAAUAUGAUAGUCAUGUGGGGUUCCGUUGUAUUCCAUUAAUGAAUCGCGAGUUAGGAGAACCACCGAGGUUGAAGCAGGGCAAUAUCUGUCAAGUUAUAUUUGGCUUGAAGCCAGGGUACACACCCGUUGAAAUAUCCUGCGGGGUCCACCUGUUAGGCCACCAGGUUUAUCUCCGUGAGACUUAUGGGAGGCAGUGGUUGGCAGAUUUGAGCGCAGAGACAAUUGACAGAGGAGGGGCGAAUCACCGAAAGAGGAGGCACACUGAUCUUAAUGAGGAGCCAAAGCAAUGA